UUGUAUUGUUUAUUUUUAUAGAAUGGAUCUGGUGAAAAGAAACCAACUGAAAAGAAAAGAACUACACCCAGAGAUUACAGAGAAUGGGACAAAUUUGAUGUGGAACACGAAUGUGCCAAAAUUGAUGAAGGCAAGCAAGAAAUUAAAUCUAAAACUAUUAUCAACGAUUCCAUUUCUGGAAUUGGGAUGAAAAUUGACGCAACAGGAAUGACUGACCAAGAAAAAGUGGUUUUAGCUAAUCGAGAAAAGGAUAAAGGUAAUGAAGCUUUCCGUGCUGGGGACCUCAAAGAAGCUUUGCUUUAUUACACCAGAAGCAUUUCAGUGAUACCAAAUGUCACUGCAUUUAACAAUCGAGCUCAAACAGAAAUUAAGCUUCAGGAAUGGCAGAAGGCCCUUAAUGAUGUUGAAAAAGUAUUGGAAUUAGAUCCUGGCAAUUUGAAAGCAUAUCAGCGUCGUGCUACUGUUUAUAAACAUUUGGGCAAGCAUCAAGCAGCAAUAGAUGACUUGAAGAAAGUGUUGCAAGCAGAACCAGAUAAUUCCAUAGCAAAGAAUUUGCUUCAGGAACUUGAGCAGAAGCUGGAAAACUUGAAACCUCAUGUGAAAUCCCAGACAAAAGGGAAAAAGAUGGUUAUCAAAGAAGUAGAGGGCUCUGAUGAUGAAGAGGAAAGAAAAUAUAAAGAUAGAAAUAAAGAUUCUAGUACACCGGUGAAUGUAGAGACAUCAAAGACAAAAGCUGCCAUGGGGAAUGCACAGAAAAAAUGUUCACCUAGUCGACUUAGUCAAACUAAAGGGAAGAAAAGUGGCAAUGCUGCAGAACAAGAAAGCAUUAAAAAGAAUCAUGUAACAUCACUGAGGAAAUCGGAUCAAACUAAAAGUGAAAAUGUCAAGAAUGCUACAGUUUCAGUGGCAAGCGAAGGUCAAGAAUCUCUGAGAAUUGACUCCAGCCAGCUUCUUACCCCUCUGUCCAGUUCAGAGACAAAGAAAGCAGGGGACAGCCCAUGGACACUGCCCGCUUCAGUGUCAAAGCUGAAGAGUGAAGGAAAUGAGCUGUUCAAGAAUGGGCAGUUUGGAGAUGCAAUGCUGAAAUACACUAAAGCUAUGACGGAGCUGUUUGAAUCAGGUGUGGAUUGCCCAGAAGAACUAAGCAUCUUGCACUCAAAUCGAGCAGCAUGCCACUUGAAGGAUGGAAAUUGCAAUGAAUGUAUAAAGGAUUGUACAAUGGCUUUGGAGCUGCAACCAUUUUCUAUAAAACCUCUUUUGCGACGAGCUAUGGCCUACGAUUCCCUAGAGCGAUAUCGACAAGCUUAUGUGGAUUAUAAAACAGUCCUUCAGGUGGAUACUAGGUUCCAGGUUGCAAAUGACAGUGUCAACAGGAUAACUAAGGCAUUAAUAGAAGAAGAUGGAUCAAAGUGGAGAGAAAAGUUGUCACCAAUCCCAGUGGUCCCUGUCUCCGCACAAGUCCAUAGAAGGGAAGAUGAUUCUCUAACCACUGUAAUUGGAAACAAGUCCCAGAUUACCUGUGGAGACAAAAAUAAGAUUCCAAAUUAUAAUCAUAGCACAACUGAUCACAACCUAGGUAAAAAUAUAGAAGAGCAUUUCAUUUCCUUGAAGCAGGAAGGGAACAGUUUUGUGAAAAGUGCACAGUACCAGGAAGCCAUUGCAAAGUACAGUGAAUGCUUAAAACUUAAAUCUAAUGAAUGCGCGAUUUACACAAACAGAGCAUUGUGUUUCUUGAAACUUAAUCAAUAUGAAGAGGCAGAAGCAGAUUGUAACACAGCUCUGCAGGUGGAGCCCAUGAGCAUAAAAGCAUUGUAUCGAAGGGCUCUGGCUUAUAGAGGAUUGAAAAACUACACAGCCAGUAUCGAUGAUCUCAAUAAAGUACUGGAACUUGAUACACAUGUCACUGAGGCACAGAAAGAAUUGCUGGAGAUAUCUGAAAUUUUAGAAAAAAUAGGCAGAAGCGGAUCUCUCACUAAGACCUGCAAUCAAGAAAAGCAGAGAAAACAUAUCCAGAUACAGGAGGUCGCUGAUAGUGAUGAAGAGGAGAAUGAAGACAAAACUACAGAGUGUGAAAAUAUUUCUAAUCUUAAUGUUGGGAAAGAGGAUUCUGUAAUAAAUGACUGUACUUCACAUAGAAAAGAAGCUUUUGAAAAUUCUUAUUCGCCUUCAAAAAAAGGAGUUAAUUUAGAGCCUGCAAAUGCAUAUGAAUUUUGGCAAGCACUGAAUGAUAUGCAGGCUGAGAACAAUCUUGCUGGAUGUGCAGAGUUGCUAAGAAAUGUAAAACCAGAAGAUUUACCAUCCAUGAUGAGUAAUAAACUGGAAGCUGAUGUGUUCACUAUGAUUAUUCAGGCUUUGAAGGAACAUCUUUUAGAAAAGUAUCCCAAUCUUGUGUAUCAGCAUCUUGUUCACCUGUGCAAAGCAGAAAGAUUUCAGAUUGCAUCAGUGAUCGUUGGUAAAGGGAGGGAACAGGAGCAACAACUCUUUAGUAGUCUGUCACAGAUGAAGAGCAAUGAGUUCACCUCUGAAGAUGUAAAGAAUCUAGCAAGAAAAUAUGAUAUAUAAUAUUUUCAAAGUGUCAAUUUAAUAUGGAACUCAGGUGGCUUGGACCUACGGCAAUUGUGCGGCUUGCGUUCUGCACACUUUUCCACUCACUUCUACAUUGUUAAUUGUUAAUUCAAACUAAAAAUGUGACCUAAAAAUCUUUGACGUUGUCCCACCCUAUUCAUGGUAUGUUUCAUCCAUCUAAUAUAAUUAACUGUUUGAUAAUCUGUCAUUGUUUACUAAAAGAGAAACUCAUUCUCAAAGCUGUGACCUCAAUUCUCAAAAACCAGCAAGACCUAUCAAUACGUCGUUGAAUAUACGCUUUUGUUUUCCCAUCGAUAACACAAGAACAAUUGUUGUUCACUAUCAAUCCUCUUAUGUUUGGUACGUUAGAUUCUGAAGUUUACAAAUUUCAGCUUAUCUAUAUUUAAAUAGACUGCCUUUGGUCAUUAGAAUAAAAUGAUUUUUGCUUGUGGAUUGCCUGGUGAAGAAUACUAAUAUAUUCAUGAUUAAAUAUUAAUUAGGUGUACUUUCUCAAUCUAUGAUGAAACCUUCAACUUUAAAUGCAGAAUGCAGUAAAUUUGUACUUAUAUGCAGCUAUAUUAUAAGAUGUUGCCCGUUAAUGAUAAAAAAUGUAUGCACUGUGAUGCAAUCUCCUACAAAGUCAAAAGGCUGCAAAAUAUUGCUUCAGCCUCUUAUAUUUAUGCACUAAAAGAAUAAACUGUAUUGAUACUUCUGUUCCAAAGGA